AGUGAGCGUCACUUGGCAGACGUUGUUUACGAUUAUGGCGGCGAGUCCCCGCCAAGUGUGUUCUCAUUAGUUAAUCACAUUACUCACUUGUUUACCAAGAGAUUAAACCCGCCAUAAACCCUGGAAUUUACUAAGUGGCGCACCCUUUGGCACCUGAGCGUCAGCAGCGAUACAUAACAAGAGAUUAAGGGAGGAUUCGCGACAGCAACUUGUUUGGCGCCACUCGCGCUGCCCGCGGGACGUGUGACAUCCUCCUCGGUCUGGGAAACCGUUCAAAAUGCCCAAGAACGACGUAUUCAAACCCGGGGAUGCCGUGUUCGCCAAGGUCAAAGGUUACCCGCACUGGCCGGCCAGGGUUGAGCAGUUUGAACCUGAUCCAGCAGGAAAGCCUCUCAAAAAAUAUCCAGUGUUGUUUUAUGGGACAUAUGAAACGGCAUCUCUGAAACCAGAUGACAUCUUUCCAUACAAGGAUAAUCUUGAAAGAUUUGGCAAACCCCAGAAGAGGAAAGGCUUUAAUGAGGGACUCUGGCAGAUCAUUCAUAAUCCAAAUUUUGAUUCUAGCAUUCCCAUUCCACCUGAGGUUGGGGCAACUACCAACUCUGCUCCCAAUACUCCCAAAAAUACUGUUGCUAAGCCAUUAAAAAAGCUUCAGAACAGCACUCCUGCCGACGUAACAGACCUGAAAUCUGACGAGUCUGAUGAAGAUCCUGGAGAUUUGAUCAUUGAUGAGUCAGCUGGAAAGGGGAAGAAACCUGGCAGAAAAAGGAAGAGGCAAGACUCAGACGGCACCACAGAAACACCAGCGAAGAAAGCUGCUUCGGCAGAUUUAAAGAAAACUCCCAAAGAUACACCCAAGCAGGUUCGCAUACCACUCAAAGAGACACCUAAGGAUACUCCAAAACAGUCAGCAGAUACAACCGAGGUACAAGUUAGUCGAAGUGGCAGAUUGAUAAAACCUAAAAAAUUCCUAGAUGAAGGGGAAGAUGCUUCUCGUCCACCGUCUGCUGCUGCAGGAACACCUGUUACAGGCACAGAUGGAUCCACUGAUACACCUGCGGCUACAGAUGCACUGGCAACAUCCAUAUCAGAAGUAACAACCACCACCACAACAGCAGGAGAUAUAACUGGUACAAAAAGUCCACCCUAUUCUCCACCUAUUAUCACUCCCAAAAAAAGACUUUCACUUUCUGAAGAAGCAGCUCCAUCGCCACGUGAAGUAGUGCUUACUCCGUCGGGUCCCCCACCAAAGAAGAGAGGCCGUCCUCCAAAGAACAGAGAUGUAGAUGCUUCACCAAAGGUUACCCUGAAUGCCACCCCGCAGUCCAAAACCUCGACACCAGUUGCUACCUCAAAAUCAUCAUCUAACAAGGCUCUUGGGGAUAAUUUAAAGCAAUCACCUGCCAAAGAAAAAGCAAAAAAUCAAGUGAAGCAGAAUGAGAUCGAACUUCCUAAAGAGAGCGAUUUAGCCAGCAAACAGACAUUCUUGAAAUUAAAAACAGACAUGGAGUCUGGCACUCUAAAUGCUGAAGAGCUUAAGGAACUUACUAAAGCAAACGAAAAGGAAGAAACUCACACAGCCAUCAUAGAAGAAAAUAAAAAGUACACGGAAACAUGCAAGGCCAAGACUCUAGACAUGGAAGCUCAGCUACUGGACUUGGAUCAGAAGAUACGCGAGGCCCUGUCUGUCACUAAUCCACGUAAAGAUGAUGCCAAAGCUUAUCUAGAGAAAAUGUCCAAGUUAGUCAUCUCUGGUUUAAUGCUGAAAAAGAAUCCUCAUGUUGUUGAUGCCAUAAGAAAAUGUCGUAGAUACAAGUACGAUGACGAGGUACGGCUGAAAGCAGAUAUGGUGUACAACAGGUUUAAGUUGCUGUUUGUGGUUCCUGAAAGUCAAGAAUGGGACACAAUGUUUGCUGAGAAAGUGGCCGAAUUUGAUGAAGCUUGUCAUAAGUCUGGCAUCACAGAGGAGAGUAAGAUCUCAUUGGUUCGUGACCCAACCCAUCAUAUUGAAGGCUCUCAAGAGGAGGCCGGAAAAAGGGGAAAGGAAAACACAAGUCCCUUAACAAAAAGCUGAACCAGACAGGAAAGCCAAAUGUUGCUAAGAGAUCAGCAAGUUUGAGCCCUAGUUAGUACUUAAUCACGGCUUCAACUGUACGACGAGAUUGAUAUCUUUGGAUCUUAAGAUAUUGUGUGUUUGAGUAAGGUGUAUUUUUUGAAGCUUAGAUGAGACUUUGAAAUGGCUCAAGAUGUAAAGACUAAAACAGAUUGGUAGCACUGAAAUAUGGACAUACUGUCAACUUCCAGUUAUGUGACCAGAUCAGUAAGUUUAAGCCUGCGGUGUUAUGACAACCAGUGUGGCUUGGAGCUGAACCUGAUCAGAAAGUGUCUUAGACAUAAGGUUAUUAUAUAUAAAUUCAUAAGGUAUCAUCUUUAAAUAUAAGCCUAAUCUAGUUCUUUGUAUACAAGUGUGACAAGGCUAGUAUAGCAGGCUUUAGAUGAUGGUUUGCAAGAACAGCUGCCUCUGUGACACCUAUCACAACAUCUGAUAUAGUUUACAUGAUGUUAUUAAAUGCAAAUAUGUAUUUUAAAAUUAUUUAGCAAGCAAAAAAAAAAUUAUUAGAUUUAAAUAUAUGCAGUUUGCCCAGUAUGUAUAUAGUAAAUAUAUUUUCUGUAUGUGUAAGCUUAUGAAAAUUAGAGACAAAAUAAGACAUAUGGAGAUCUCUUCAGUAUGACGCUGGGCUUGCAUAAAGUUAAUUGUCGUUCAUUAAGUCCCCUCAUUGGAAUUUUUGAUUGCUGAGAAGUUAUGUUGUAAGAUUUGAUUAGAUAUUCAACUCUGUUUUCUCUACUGAUUUCUUUUUUAAGAAAGAUGUGCAAUGCAGGGAAGAGAGGAAGGAGUCAAUUAGUCAUUGAGAACCGUGACUCUGAAACAUAGCAUUUCAUUAUUGAGGUCAACCUGAAACUUUUGGUAUCGAAAGAGGCAGAGUAGUGUAGAGAGAGAUGAGGGGACUGAUUGCUAUUUUUCUUACUCAAAUAGUGUUUUAGAUAAAAAAAAGAUUUAAGCUUGCAAUAAUGAUUGUCAAUGAGGAGAUUACAUUUGAUGUUAAGGGAGACUCUGGUGUGCUGCAUGGGGUACAGUCCAACCUCUUCCAUUCAUUAUACAGUACAUGUGAGGAAGAGAGCAACAUUACCUGAACACAUUGGUGUUUGUGGCUCGGUUGAAUAUAAAUAAAAAGUUUGAAUUUUGAUAGGACUUGCAGAAUUCUGUGUUCAUCUGACAGUAACAAAUUGGUUUGACCUUCAAUCAAUAAUAUAUCAUAAGUGAUGGACAUGUUUUUUAUAUAAAAAUCAGUUUGAUGUAAAAUUAUGGAUGCACGUUGCCUCAUUUUGCUAGUUUUUUCUAAUAGAAAGUCAUAAUUUGAUGUUUUUCCAAUCAAAACUAUUUUCCAACGGCUUUGGCAAGUGUCUCAAUAAAUUUCAUAUGCAUCAUUGAAUAAUAAAUUGAUUGAUUGCUGAUGAAAGACAAAUGAAUAAAGUGUAGUUAGGCACCAACUACAGUGGUUAGGAAAUCAUCCUUAAUUACAAUUAUAAGUUUAGAUUUUUCUUUCUUGUGUAUUUUGGGAAGAAUUCUUAAAUGUAUAGUGAAUUUAUUUUAGAAAUAAAUUAAAAAGGAAAGGUCCUUUAACAGUUGUUUGCUAAGUCCUCAAAUACAGUUUAGUACAUACUCGUGGGAUUAAUCUUCAAAUCGGUUUGGCUUCAAGAUUUCAGUCGUGCAAUUUUUUUUUUUUUUUUAAGGUUACAAGUCCAUUUUAUUAUUGUUGGUUGACUUUGAUGCAGUUCAUGUAUGGUUAAAGUUGUGUGGCAGUCUCAGUUGUCUGUUAGAGGUAUACUAUGUAUUCAAGUAAAUUGAUUUUUGGUGGACCCUUUAAUGGAAAUAUUCAGGACUUGUAACUUUUGUUAAUGUUUCUUUAGUGACAUAUUCACGUACAAGUGCACCAAGAGGCAUAAGUUGCAGAUUUUAACACCCUGAAUAAUUGAAGUGCUUGUUUUAAGCAAUGCUGCAGAUGAUUCAUGCAUAACGAUUCAUAGUUAUAUUUUAAAGUCGAAUAUCAUAUUAAAAGUUGGCAAGAAAAUGAAUUUCUCUUAAGUUUUGAACAGAAGGGUUCUUUUAAGAACAUAUUGGACAAAGUUUGCAUUACUGAUCUCCACUCUGAUGAGGACCAUAUUUCUUUUCUCCUCUCUUUUAAAGUGCAGUUUAAACUGCAUUAAUUAUUAUGAGUCAUUGUGAUUUGUCUUUUCUUGGUGAUUCUGAUUUUUUUUGUAUUUUCUCUGAAUUCAAGUUAAGGGGGCAUUAACAGUAUUGAUACAAGUAGUUCUCUUUGAAAUUUUACUGUCAUUGUUAUGAUGAUCCAUUAAGGGUCAGUGCAUCCUGGUUUAUUUAGUAUAUACAGAAUGAUUAAUGGUAUUUUAUUAUAUUUGGUUUAUAUUAUAAUAGUAGUAUUAUAACCAUACACCAGAACAGUAAUUUUAAAAAUCUUGGAUUGCUAUUCAAAUGAGCCUCUUAAUGAAUUAUAGCCAUAAAGUUGAGUCACUUACAACCUGUUUUAUAUCUUGGGAUUAGUUCAACUUGGCAAGGGAAACUACUAGCACUUGACUUGUCAGUACAAAGGUGCAUUAAAUAGUGCUAAUUAUGUAUGAAUCACUUAGAAUAAAAGCUGAAUCACCA